GUCCUAUUGGAGACAUGCUAAAAAGGCUUCGGAGAUGAAAUUAUUUUAGGUAUUAUAUAAAUUCAGUUGAAUAAAAUUGUUUAAAAUUUUUUUUUUAAUGAUAAGUAAAUGCUAAAUUUCUACUAUGAAAAUUGUUAUUAAUUAUUAGAUAGUAGAUUUUUAAAAAUUAAUCGAGACAUAAAAAAUGUCACUUUCAGAAGAAUCACCCACAUAAGAAAUGUGUCUUUGAAUUACUCAUUAUUUAAUUUUUUGACAGCCAUGGAUGUCGAUUUGAGUGGUUCAUCAUCGUCAGAAUCCGAUGAUGAUAAUAAUAAGAAGCUUAUUUUAAUGCUUAUGCUACUACGGCGAAGAAAGCAAAGAAGAAGGAGGUUCCAUGUUCAUCCUUUGUGGUUGAGUCGACCAGAAAAAAGUUUAAAUUAUAUAGAUAUUUUUAUAGAAUUUUGGAAAUAUAUUUUUAAAUUUAAUGUGAUACUUAUGGAACUGAAAACUGAACAAUGAUGAGUUAUUUUAAUGCGUUGUUAAAUUUUUGCAGGUGCUCACAAUUUUGCCAUCGAAACAGCGUUGCUGGAUGACGUAUUAUUCAGAAAUUACACCAGGCUUACAGUAUUACAGUAUGAAGAGCUUCUUCAACAAGUAGGUCUUGAGUUAUUAAGCCAACCAACUCGCAGAGACAUCAUUAGUCCCUCCACAAAAUUGAUGCUAACAUUAAGAUUUCUAGCCACAGGGGAGAGUCUUUCGUCGCUCAGUAUGCAAUUCAGAAUGGGAAAUUCUACAGCAGUUAAAUGCGUCUAUAAGACUAUGGAAGUCUUAUGGAAUAAAUUGCAGCCAUUGGUAAUGCGUUUUCCAGAAACUCCAGAAGAAUGGAAAAAGAUAUCAGAAGGUUUUGAAGAAAAUUGGCAAUCUCCUCAUACUAUAGGAGCAAUGGAUGGGAAGCAUGUUGUUAUGCAAGCUCAACCCCACAGCGGAUCUACUAAUUUAAAUUAUAAAAAACAACAUAGCCUUAAUUUAAUGGCAGUUUGCGAUGCCAAUUACAAAUUCAUAGCAGUAGAAAUUGGGGCAAGAGGCAAAGAAAGUGAUGGAGGAGUAUUGAAAAAGAGUCAUUUUGGAAAAAGGCUUUUAAAUAGAAGCCUCAACCUUCCCAUUUCUUCUGAGAUUUUUCCAAGUGGUCCAAUUUUGCCGUACUACAUUGUUGCGGAUGAGGCUUUCCCUUUGGAUAGGAACAUCAUGCGUCCGUUUCCAGGACGUUCAACUGGUCGCAUGCCAUUUAAUCAAAAAGUAUUUAAUUACAGAUUAAGUAGAGCUAGAAGAACAAUAGAAAAUGCAUUUGGGAUUUUAUAUUCUCAAUGGAGAAUUUUUCGGUUGCCAAUAAAUGCCGGAGUACCACAUACAAUUGAUCGUUCUUGCAGCUGCGUGCUUGCAUAAUUACCUUCGAUCUAAAGAGGAGAAUAAUCCCGAGG